AUGUUAUCAGAAGAGAUAGAACCAUCACUGGAAGAAUCUGAAAUCCCUGUCAUAGGGAAGAGGAGGGAGGGGGGAGGGGGGGAAGUAGUGGAAAAGUUUGAAAUUUUGGAAAGUUCCGAAGUUUCGUCUCACACCUCAAUGCUCACCCACAGCACUGAGCAAGACAUUGAGUUAUCAGGUGUCACCAACCUAAGCUGGCUCAAGGCAUGCUUAGGCAUACAUAACCCCUUAUGCCUGAUGCAGUCUUUCAACCGCCCCAACCUGUACUAUGUAGUACAGCCUAAACCGUCUAUGAAAAAGAAAGUGGUUCAAGCCAUCACUGGUUUCAUCAAGUCACAGCACGCUACCCAUACUAGCAUUGUGUAUGGCUUCUUGAAGUUGGAGUGUGAGGAACUUGCUGAGCAACAUGACUAUGACUUAUCUGCCAAAUAUUACCGUGCCAGUAUGGGCUCACCAGAGUGCAGCACCACUCAAGAUCCAUUAUCCACUCAACUUGAGGCUCGAGGUGUGGCAGCAUCCUGGAAAGCAGCUCGAAGAUUCAUGUAG